AUGAGAUCACUGAGAAAUAGCACGCAGGUACAUAGGACGAAAGCUGAACUCAUAACUGAGCUCAACCGAAAGAGCAGAGGUUACGAAGGAGAGGCAGAAACCGGUACGAGGUUGAGAGACGCGAGUUCGCAAGGAUUACGCAACGCUCGGAGCACAGCGACAAACAUUGACUGCGAAGUGAUUGAGGAGGCACUGAGUUUGUGUCCACGAUUGAAAACUCUCGGAGAGGUGAAAGUCACUCGACAAGCACAUCUCGGAGCAGAAACCGGAGAUCUCGACCAAACAGCGUCGAGUAGCACAGCGAACGAGAUCGUUCAAGCGCAUUGUUUACGGAGAGGUUUAACCGCGACAGAUGAACAACAGAAGAGAUUGUUCUUCAUAGACUCGAUAAAGAUUGAAAAUCACAUAUGGAUUGGAUUCUGUAGCCUUGGAUUGGACCUAAUUCUCAAUAACUGCUUGAUGAGAAAAACAAACAUGCUACGCUUUUUCACUGGCAUGUUUCCGUUUUAUCCAGCGCGCAUGUGCUCUUGA